GUGACCAUUUUAGCUUGGGUUCACGGGCCGAACGAGUCAGAGUUUUGCUUUUGCAUUUAUCUGUUGGUUGUUUUCAAUAUAAUUAUUUAUUUAUCCGUUGUUGUGACUUAACAAGUGAUCCAAAAUGUCUACUAAAUCAAAAAAGACUGUGACAUCUUCUAAUAUCAGUGUUGUGUCAUCGGUUCAAAGCCCACCUCAAUCCAGUACUCCUGUCGGAAGCCGCCCUUCUAGCUCCGCGGGAAGGCCUAAUAGCCCUCUAAGCCCAACAAGACAUACCCGUCUUCAGGAAAAAGAUGCCCUACAAAACCUUAACGACCGACUCGCUGCGUACAUCGACAAAGUUCGCCAACUCGAGAGUGAGAACUCCGGCUUGCGCCGAGAAAUUCAAACUACACAGGAGGUGGUCACCCGCGAGGUUUCUAAUAUAAAGGGAAUGUAUGAGCAUGAACUUCAAGAUGCAAGGAAAUUGUUAGAUGAUACAUCGCGCGAAAAGGCCAAGUUAGAAAUCGACCUGAAAAGGUUAUAUGAAGAGAACGACGACUUGAAGAAAAGGUUGGACAAGAAGACCAAGGAUUGUACGCAAGCAGAGAAUCUGUCUCGUCACUUCGAGACCAGACUGUCUGAGGAGAGCAACAAGUACAACACUGCUUUGGCCGACAAGAAAAAAGCUCAAGAUGAAGCUAGAGACCUGGCCAAAGAGCUGGACAAACUGCGCAAGGUGUACGCGGACACCCGCAAGACACUGGAGGAGGAGAUGUUGUGCCGCAUCGACAUGGAGAACACCGUCCAAAGCUUGCGAGAGGAGCUCAGCUUCAAGGACCAGGUGUUCCAGCAGGAGCUGCAGGAGACGCGCACCAGGCGCCAGGUGGAGAUCUCCGAGAUCGAUGGACGUCUCGCUCAGCAGUACGAGGCCAAGCUGCAGCAGAGUCUGCAGGAGCUCCGCGAACAACAGGAAGCCAACAUCAAGGCCAACAGGGAUGAGAUUGAGGCGUUAUAUGAAAACAAGAUGAAGAACCUGCAGUCAGCGGCGAACCGCAAUAGCAGCGCGGCGACGGUGGCGGUGGAGGAGCUGCGCACCAUGCGCACGCGCAUCGACAGCCUCAACGCCACGCUCAACGAUCUCGAGAACAAGAACGCCGCGCUUAGUAACCGUUGCCGCGAGCUCGAGCGCCAGCUGGAAUCGGAGCGCGCUCGUCAUGCCGAAGACCUCGCCUCACUGGAGUUGGAGCUGGCUCGUCUCAGGGACGAGAUGGCGGCGCAGCUGCGAGAGUACGCCACGCUCAUGGACAUCAAGAUCUCGCUAGACCACGAGAUAGCCACCUACCGCACGCUGCUUGAAGGCGAGGAGGACAGACUGAACCUGACAUCGCAGUCACCAUCUCAAUCGGGUCGCGAGUCGCGCGCGUCAGUGAGCGGUCGCGGCACGCCCGGACGGCGCGCGACGCCACUCCGCGCCGCACGCAAGCGCACGCUCCUAGACGAGAGCGAGGAGCGCAGCAUGCAGGACCACCUCGUCACCAACAGCGCCAAGGGUGACUUGGAGGUCGCCGAGGCCUGCCCCGACGGCACCUUCGUCAAGAUCCGCAACAAGGGCAAGAAGGAGCAAAGCCUGGGCGGCUACCAGAUAAUCCGCAAGGCGGGCGACCAGGAGACGGUAUUCAAGUUCCACCGCACGGUGAAGCUCGAGCCGGGCGCGGUGGCCACCGUGUGGUCCGCGGACGUCGGCGCCAACCACGAGCCCCCGCACGACAUCGUCAUGAAGGGACAGAAGUGGUUCGUUGCCGACAGCUUCACAACUACGCUGCUGAACACCGAUCAAGAGGAGGUGGCGGCGUCUGAGCGUCAACGACGACAGAUUAGCACGAGCGCGCAGCGACACCGCGAGCUGGCGCACAAGUACCCGCGCCGUGAACAGCUUGGAGAGAUCCGUGAAGGCGAAGAGAAUUGCCGCAUAAUGUAACACUUUUACGUGGAGCCCCGCGGCGAGUACGACACGUUAAGGACGCAGUGCCUCCUCCUUUUAACAAAGAUUUUUUUAUUACUAUUAAGAGUGUUGACAUUAAACUGGUCUGACUGAAUA